UCUUUGCCAUCACACGCAGAGACGCGCUUGCCGGGCUCGACCAUCUCUUGCGGCUGGCCGCCAGCCGCUCCCCCUCCCCUUCCAUCAUCAUGGCACCUUAGCCGAGGAAACCGGCCACUGAAGGGGCGAUGGGGGACGGGAGCCGGCUCAGCUCUUCGCUGGUGCUGGAUCAAUGUUCCUGGCAGGUCACCUUAUACGGGGAGGUCUUGAAAUGGCACAAGCUCCAGCCACCCUCGUCCCGCGGGGAAGAGAGCUUUUCAGUGCCCACCACUGAGAUUAUUGCUGUGGAGGAAACAGAAACUGAUAAGAAACAAUCUAAUGGUCGAAAAUGGCACAAAAUGGCAAAGCAGCAUGCUUUCACAGUAUAUUAUGUGAAAAGGAAACGACCUCACUGCUGGCGGUGCAAGGAAGCAACAUUUUGGUGCGAUGAUGAGCAACUUUGUAAUCAAUGGAUACAGGCACUAAAAGAAUUACUUGACUCACAGACCUCUAGACCAAAGCACUUGCUUGUAUAUAUUAAUCCAUUUAGUGGGAAAAAACAAGGGAAGAGAAUAUAUGAACAAAAAGUCGCUCCACUGUUUAGUCUGGCUUCAAUCUCCACAGAAGUUAUCGUAACUGAAUACGCUAAUCAUGCUAAGGAUGAUUUGUCUGAAGUUAAUCUAGCGAAAUAUGAUGGUAUUGUUUGUGUUGGUGGGGACGGAAUGUUCAGUGAAGUGAUGCAUGGUCUAAUUGGAAGAACACAGAAGGAUUCUGGCAUAGAUCAAAAUGAUCCCACAGCACCAUUAGUCCCUUGCAAAACAAGGAUUGGCAUAAUCCCUGCGGGUUCAACAGACUGCAUAUGUUAUGCAACGGUUGGUAUCAAUGAUCCAGUAACAUCAGCAUUACAUAUAAUUGUGGGGGACAGUCAACCUCUGGAUGUCUCUUCAGUACAUUGCAAUAAGACAUUUCUUAAGUACUUUGUGUCACUAUUGGGGUACGGAUUUUAUGGAGAUGUGUUAAAAGACAGUGAAGAGAAGCGCUGGAUGGGGUCUGUCAGAUACGACUUUGCAGGUUUCAAGAAUUUCCUUUCCCAUCAGUACUAUGAGGGCACUGUAUCCUUUCUUCCAGCAACAUAUACAAUAGGAUCUCCAAGAGACCAAAGAACCUGUAAAACUAAGUGCCGCAUUUGCAAAGAAAGCAAGCGACAGCUGGAACAGCUGCAGAAGUUUGAAAAAGACCGACGUGGGUAUGACGAAACAGAUCAAUGGAAGGUUAUUAGAGGAAAGUUCUUAGCCAUCAAUGCAGCCAAUAUGAGUUGUGCCUGCCCACGGAGUCCAAAAGGCCUUUCACCAUCUGCUCAUUUGGGAGACGGCUGUGCAGAUCUCAUUCUCGUUCACAAAUGCUCUCGAUUCAAUUUUCUGAGGUACCUCAUAAGGCAUACUAACGAGGAUGAUCAGUUUAACUUCACCUUCGUAGAGGUUUAUCGGAUCAGGAAGUUUCAUUUUACAUCACGGCAUUUGGAAGACAGUGAAGACAUCAGAGAUAUGCAAAAGAAGCACUUUGGGCAGUUCUGCAGAGACCAUCCCGCUUGCUGCUGCACCUUUUCCAGCAGCACCUGGAACUGUGAUGGGGAGACUCUGGAAAGUUCAGCAAUCGAAGUCGAGGUUCACUGCCAGUUAAUCAACCUCUUUGCAAGAGGAAUAGAGCCCCUCUCAAAAUAUGAAGAAUCACCGUUGACGUUAGAAGCUCCAUCUAACCUGGGACAUCUGAACUCUUAACUCUCUACAAAAGCUAAG